GGCGCUCUGAUUGGCUGCGCGCACAUCACGUCAUCUUAACUGUUUCUGAACGCUUCCUGUCAAACUGUUUAUUUGGGAUCCGCACACCUCUCCGUAUUCUAGAUAUUUCUAGCGAAAUGACAGCGAGUAAUAAGGAAUCAGCGGGUCGCCUUUAAAAUGAGAAAAUCUCCUACCUCGUGUGUUAUCAUGGAGUCCUUGCGUAGUGGAUGUGAGAUGCCUAAAGCUCUGACUGAUCUCUGCAGGGCUCAGCAGCUCUGAUGCCAAUCCACACACACACACACAUAUACGCACACGUCUGUUUCCUCAAGGAAUAUCCCAGAAUUCCCUCGAGUAACCUCGCCGCAUGUCGCGCAUCAGGAGCACACUGGACACCGUUACCAAAGCCGUGAGCGGAACGGUGAACACCGACCUCCUCGCCAAGAUCACACGCUUCAAACCCCAAGGCAAAACCGUAGAGGUUAAAGUGGAAUGUCCCGAGGCAGAGGCCGGGGCUGUCGUGACCAUGGCGGCACCCGAGUCGCCCAGGGAGAAAGAGGUGAAAAAAGAUAUUGAACCUCAUAAAGAAGCCCCAAAGUCUGUCAGCAGUUUGCAAACCCUGCAACGUUUUCAGCCCACGGCGUUCACGACCAACAUGGAUGAAACGUACAAUCACCUGGCUGAACAUGUCAAUAACUACUUCGGAAGCGACUCACAAAAUGACAAAAGGUCACGUGACACGGCGUCCUCGACACCUCCGAUGCCGCCUAGCAAGGAUCACAUCCUAAUGGCGGUGCCCGCGUCCCAUAGAUCCACACCAGACACCCCCCCUGCUCUUGACAAGGACGGCUCUGUCCCAAGUCCACAAGCCCCUUCUGCUCCAGCUCCGGAUGAGGGUGUUACAACCAUCCCCAUAUCGCCGAGAAAAGGCAUCAGUCACUAUCUGUCCUACCCCAGGCCCAGCGUCCAGGCUUUCGUAGGAAACUACAUCGCUCCCCUCGUCCCAAAGUUCAGAGCGGAUUCAAAGAGUGGCACAGCGGAGAAGGACAAAACCUCUGAACUUGCGCCGUCCCAGGAUGGAAAGAGUGCAGAAAGCAAGGAGAAAAAAGAAGCAGAAGAGAAAGCGCAGAGACUUCUGUCUCAGAGGGAGAAGAUUAUAGCACGUGUUAGUGUGGAUAACCGAACCAGAGCACUGGUCAAGAGUCUUCAGCGGGUCACUGAUGUGAAGAUCACCAUCAGCAGGGUGGAGGAACUGAGCUUUCAUCUGCUGGAGUUUCCUGAGACCAGAGGGGUGGCCGUCACUGAGAAGGUCAUCCCGUGUCUGCUGCGUUUGAGGCAGGCAAGAGACGUCAAUCUGCAGGCUGCCGUGAGACAGGCUCUGGCCCUGGUGGGCUACACUGACCCGGUCAAAGGCAGAGGGAUACGUGUUCUCUCCAUCGACGGAGGAGGGACCAGGGGUCUGGUUGCAUUACAGGCUUUGCACAGGCUGGAGAGUUUGACCGGGAAGCCCAUCUACCAGCUCUUUGACUACAUAUGUGGAGUUAGUACAGGGGCUAUCCUGGCCUUUAUGCUGGGUGUGUUCCAGAUCCCUCUGGAUGAGUGUGAGGAACUCUAUCGGAAGUUGGGAACGGAUGUCUUUAAACAGAACUUGAUUGUGGGCACAGUGAAAAUGGGCUGGAGUCAUGCGUACUAUGACAGCCAGAUCUGGGAAGAGAUUCUCAAAGAAAGAUUGGGGCCUGGACUAAUGAUUGAAACUUCCAAGAACCCUAAAUGCCCUAAGGUGUCAGCGGUGAGCACCAUAGUGAACAGAGGCCUGCCGCUGAAGGCGUAUGUAUUCAGGAAUUAUAACUUCCUGCCAGGGGUUCGUUCACACUACUUGGGCGACUGCCAGCAUAAAAUGUGGCAGGCCAUUCGAGCAUCCUCCGCUGCUCCAGGAUACUUCCAGGAAUUUGUUCUAGGGAAUGACCUCCACCAGGACGGUGGUCUCUUGAUCAACAACCCCACCGCUCUGGCCAUCCAUGAGAGCAAGUGUUUGUGGCCCAACACACCUGUGCAGUGUGUGGUGUCUCUGGGAACAGGCCGAUACGAAACCAUAGGCAAGACCAGCUCGAGCACUUAUACCAGCCUGAAGACCAAACUCACCAAUGUCAUCAGCAGCGCCACUGACACCGAAGAGGUCCACACAAUGCUGGAUGCCCUGCUCCCCCCGAACACUUAUUUUCGUUUUAACCCUUACAUGAGUGAAGACAUCUCAUUGGACGAGAACCGACAGGAGAGGCUGGACUUCCUGCAAGCUGAGGGUCGGCGCUACCUGGAGCGUAACGAGAAUAAGUUAAAGAAAGUGGCCGCUGUUCUCGCUCAAGAAAAGAGCAUCGUCCAGAAGCUGGCCGAAUGGGCCCAACUUAAAGCCGACAUGUACGAUGGCGUUCCUUUUCGCUCCAAACUCUGAAACCCGCACUCUAAAACAAACUAGCACAACCACUGACCUUCUCCAUUGUCUGGUUAUCAUAUGACAAGGUGGAAAUGCGUGUUACAUAUGUUGCCAUAUGACAGUACAAAACAGGGAAUCAAGUCUGUUGCCUCACAUUGAUGAGCACAUAAGAAGAUUGAAAAAGUUUUAGUUGGAUUUUACGUUUUUUUUGUUGGUAUUGUAAGAACAUCUUGUUUGAAACGAAGAUGAAGCAUGUUAGUGGCAGCACUGACUAGCUAGCACUUAUAUUUGCUGCUUUUCAUUUGGGAUGUACUAAUGUUAUUUUGAUCCAUUCGUUUGCAAUAGGAUAAGGUUGCUGUUGUGUGGUAUCUCUCCUUGGGAAAACCUUUAGUAAUAGUCGACUGAAUUGACAGUACUGUAGUGAGCACAGGGAAAGCUGCUGAACUCACAGACUAAAGUGUGUGUGUGUGUGUAUAAUUUUCAACCAAACUUUUAUUUAAAUUCAAAUUAUCAACCCUCUGCAAUGGGAUGCGACGGCACUGAUGUUUUAAAGACUUUGCACACAAUGUUUCGAAAACAUUAAAUUGUGUUAUUGCUGAAGACGGUUUGCAUUAAUUGUGAAAAUACUAAUGAAACAAUUGUUGAUUUUGCGUAUUAUGUUCGAAUGCCUCGGUAUGCAUUUUUAUUUGCUUCUGUGUGCACUUGGCUGGAAAAUAUUUUACAUAAUUUAUUGGUACCGUUCAGACUGAGUGUAUAAUAUUGUAAAAUAUCAAUCCUUGAAUGCAGUGAGUAAAAAUACAACAGUGUUGUAGAUAUGGUUUUAACAGCUUGAUUCAAAAAUGGCAUUUUCCUAACACCUUAAAAUGUAUUCCCUAAUGAUUAUGAAGAGAAAUAAAUGAUUUUAAACCA